AUGUGGAAUAACCGUUUAUUAACCCUUCUUAGUAGAACAAAGAUCCGUUACACUCGAUUCCCUAGAUUGUCAUUACAAUCAACAUACAAACUAAAUUUGGGAUUACAUUUUUAUUCCACUGACGUACAAGAUAAAUAUAGGCAAAAACUACUAGAAAAAGCGAAAAAGGAAGGAUUUAACACCAUUGAAGAACUUCAAUCUCACUUAAAGGAACAAAUUGAAAAAAAGAAGAAAGAAUUUAACAAAAUUGAUAUACUAAAAGAGCUUGAAGAUUACGAACAAAAAUUGAAAAUGUCCUCCUCUUUAUCAUCAAAUGCAGGGUAUACAAAGUCAAAAGGCCCCUUGGAUCCUAAUAAACCAAAGGCUCCAUUCAAAACUUUGGACUCCUAUCUGGCAACAGAGAAAAUUAAAGAUUUGUCAAAACAAGAGGUGGAAUUUCUUUGGAGAGCAAGAUGGGCUGAAGUGAAGGACUCAUUAUGUGCUGUAGUUCCCGUUGAUGUCUUCAAUAAGAUGUUGGUCAACGUGAGAGGCAACCCAAUAUUUGUACUCCCCUUACCUAGAGUUUUAGAUCCUUCUAAAACUGCUAAUGAGCCACAGGGAAUGGAACUGCAUUACAUCCAAUGGCAAUUUGUCGGAAAAGAUACUAUUUAUUGUAUUGUAACAUCAUUAGCCGAAUACAAAUUACAUACAGAGUAUGCAAGACCUCAUACCACGUUUGAAUUCCAUUUGGAGAUGGAGCCAACAAAGAAGAUCGUCUUAAUGAAUGGACAUGUGGAAACUGACAUGAAUGUCUCAUUGGCCGACGCUCAAUUAUUAUUGUUGAAUAUCCAAAGAUUUUAUGGAGCCAUGGGAGAGGAAACACCAGCGGCAAAACAAAGAUUGGCCCUUUUAAGAAGUUUCACGGCAGGCUCAUCAGAGUUCAAUGUAGAUUUAUUAAUUGCCUCAGCCCAAUCAAUGGAAAAUUAA